GUCUCCUAUACGUCCUUCACAUCUUCAGUCAUAACUCAUUUGAACCCAUCGAAACGACUCCUCAGCCUUACUACACUUGAAAAUGCGUUUCGCACUCGCCACGCUCCUCUUCGUGCCCGCUCUCAUCGCUGCGGCCCCGACUCCUGACGAGCGUGUCGUCAUUAUGAUCGAGGGUACCACCCUUUCUCGCGACCCUGCCGAGCAAUCCAAGACGCCCAAGCCUCACGACCUUUCUUUCAAACCAUCUGAUGUCUGUUGGAGGAUAUGCGGCGACCGGAGCCUCCCCUGCCCCGAUGGAUGGGAGUCGCGACAGUUCGGAUCCUGCUAUACUUGCUGCGUCACGGAGAAAAGCAACUAG